AUGGAUAUUGUGGAAAUUCUAAAUCAAUCGCUGUGUCAAUAUGUGGGCAGUUUCACCCCCUUGGGUUGCUUGACGUUGCUCAUAACCUGUGGCAGCCUAAUUGCAGCUGUUGUUCUCUUUGCCCUUUGGAAAUACAAAGAAGGUCCCAGGUAUUACAAAACAAAUCGCAUUGAUGGCAAAGUUGUUGUUAUUACCGGUUGUAAUACCGGCAUUGGUAAAGAAACCGCUCUGGAAUUGGCGAGAAGAGGAGCCCGCAUCUAUAUGGCCUGUAGGGACUAUAAUCGCUGCGAAAAGGCACGACAAGAAAUCAUCUACGAAACGGGUAACAAUAAAAUCUUCAAUCGCCGAUUGGAUCUAAGUUCCCUCGAAUCGGUAAGGGAAUUUGCCGAACAAUUCAAAAGAGACGAACAACGUUUGGACAUACUCAUCAAUAAUGCCGGAAUUAUGGCCACACCUCGUAAACUGACCACGGAAGGCUACGAACAACAAUUUGCCGUCAAUCAUUUGGGUCAUUUUCUGUUAACCAAUUUAUUGCUGGAUCAUCUAAAAGCUGCAGUUCCCAGUCGCAUUAUUGUGGUCAGUUCCUGGAUGUAUGCCCUGGGCCGUAUACAAACCGAAGAUAUUAACAGCGAGAAAAGCUACAAUGAUUUUCGUGCCUAUGCCCAGAGUAAAUUGGCCAAUGUUUUGUUCAGCCACAAAUUGUCGCAAAUGCUAAAGGGAAGCGGCAUCACCGUCAACUGUUUACAUCCUGGGUCGGUGCAAACGGAGUUAUUUCGUAAUAAUCGUUUUCUUGCCAUUUCAAGUCAGCUGACAAAACUGGCUUUACGCUCAGCGCGUGGUGGUGCCCAAACUACGAUUUACUUGGCAUUAGAUCCAGAUUUGGAGGGUAAGACUGGUGGCUACUAUGAUCGCAUGAAGUUGCAGAAGUUGGUAGCAAAAGCUUGCGAUAACGAAAUGGCCGAUUGGUUGUGGCAGAAAAGUGCAGAAAUGGUUGGAUUGAAAAUCAAUGGGGAGUGAGAGUGGU